AGUCGACUUUCAUUCAUACAAUCAACAGAUAUCGAAAUAUAUCUACUUCUUUCGCCAAAAAACACGAGAUCUCAAGGAUGGCAAUGGCUCCUAAUGCAGCAAGCGUCGAGCUCAAGUCCAACAGCGGUGUGGCUUCAGAACCCAAAACACAGAUGCCUGAAGAUAUAAAGAAUGCCAAAAUUGAAGAGAAGGAAACGGUUGUUGAACAUAUGCCCAAGAAAGAGGAGGUCGGAGUGGAGAUAGACCCAAAUACCGGGACCUCUUUCCCGGUAAAGUUGGAGGACGGGAAGCAGCUGAACUGUGUCGGGGUGAGAAAGAAGUCUAUCAUCGGAUUUGGCAUCAAUAUAUAUAGCUUUGGGAUGUAUGCGGAUAAUGAGAAGCUGAGAGAUCUGCUCAAGUCCUCGGUCGGUGGGUCCCCAGAGAAACCAGUAGAGCAAAUGUACCAGAAGGUGAUCGACAGCGAUGUGGAGAUCAUGGUCAGGCUGGUGAUUGUGUUCUCGAGCCUCACCAUGGGUAUGGUGAGAAUCAACUUGGACAAAGGUCUCGGAGCAGCCAUCAAGAAGUUCGGCGGCGGCAAGGAGAAUGAAGGGCUCACAAGAAGGAUCAUGGGUGAAGCAACGGAUGACAUUAAGCUAACUUCUGGUUCAGUGAUUGAGAUUUCUCGGCUUCCGGGAUAUACCCUCCAAACAAAAGUGAAGGGUGAUUUGGUGAGUAAGAUCGAGAGCGAGCUUCUGUGCAGGGCUUACAUAUACAUGUACCUCGGAGACGAUGCCCUCGACAAAGAUGCCAAAGACAAGUUCGGGACUUCCAUGCUCAAACUUCUCUGGAGCGGAGUGCAGAAACUUUGAUCUUGUACUCGAACGAGAGAAAAUAAAGCGUUGUCGUCCACAUAUGAUAGUAAUCGGUCAACCAGACCAUAAAUAAUUGUAAUUUCCAUUCACCAACUCUUUCUAGAAUAUGCAGCUGAACAUGGAUAAUCGAUAACAGAAAUAAAAGAGCCAUUCUGCA